AUGUCGUUCCGUACGACGUUGCUGGCGGUGUUGCCCUCAUCUUGCGCUGCCAUCUCGCACAAACAUGCGGCGUCCGCCCGCGAUGUUGGCUUCCUGGACGAGGUCACAGAGGAUGAGCUCAUGUAUGAGCUCAUGUCAGGUCUACCAGGCUACCUGGAGACUGACGGGGACGACUGCAAGAUGGCGGAGCAGGGGAGCCCGUGCUACGAAGAUGUGACCUGGCUCCAGACGAAAGGCUUCGAGAAGCACCCGGAGUGGUACCCAGGCUACACCGCUAGGUCCAGCUUCGAGGAGGUGCAGGACAUGCUCUACCGCCUCGGCAAGGCGCAGUGCCCCAAGCCUUGCUUCUCGAAGGUGCUGGAUGUGGACCACGGGGCCGAGUCCACCAACCUUGUGCUGAGCUCGGGCUGCGUGGAUGCGGUCGAGGGUGAUCUGUGUUACCGUACCGUCAGGUGGCUGAAAAGGACGGGCCUCGAGCAGCACCCCGACUGGUUCCCUACCCUCGAGGCCGGCUCCAGCACGGCUGCCAUACAGGCCGAGCUGCACCGCCAGGGCAAGUCCCAGUGCCCCAAGCCCUGCGAGCCCGUCGAGGCCCCGUCGUACCACGCCCUGAGCGCCAGGAAGUCCGGCCUCCGGGCGCGCGUGGGGUCGGAGGGUGCGGCCAGCUGGAUGUGGGACUUCCCCAAGGAGGAGGUGGUCCCGACCACGGAGGCGGGCAGGGCGGUGAUGCAGUGCCUCCGGAAGUUGCUGCACGUGACCCCGGAGAACUUCGACGACCUCAGGGCGGAGUGCGAGGGCCUCGUGCCAGCAGACGGCGCCACACAGCGUGACGCGCUGGUGAAGGAAUCCGUGAGGUUUAUCUCGUGGGCCCAGCACCACGUGGUCGACAUGAGAAUCCAGCGGAAGGCGGAGGAGGACGGCGUGUCGACCGCUUCGGAGGCGGUUAACCCGGCCGCGCAGGCCGAGGUGGGCGAAGAUGGUUGCAUGAAUGCGCUUCGCAACUCGGUGUGCUACACUGCAGUGUCCUACGGCCUUUCGGAGGGGAUCAGGAAGCACCCGACCAUGUACGAGGGCCUGUCCGAGCAUUCCAGCUUCGAGAAAGUCCAGGAGUUCCUGUGGCGCAACAACCGGCACGGCUGCACGAAGCCUUGUCCCAGGAAGCGGGUGGACAUCACCGAGUUCGACAAGCACCCCGAGAUGCUCACGUACAAGAAGAGUGUCGCAGACAUGAGCAUUGACGAAAUGACCAGAUAUAUCAAUGGCGAGUGGGACGGCUACCAGGCGAAGAUGUUCGACAAUCGUGAUGAUGAUCCCCUCCCGACAGCCAAUCCUAAGCCGGUAGCCGAGGAGACCAACGAGGAUAAGAGCGUCCAAGACAUGAGCACCGACGAGCUGGCCCGUGUCCUCGACGGCGACAUGGUUGCCUACAUGCCGAAGGAGGUUGCCAAUGACACCGAGCCCGAGAAGGCAGCCAACGACAGCGCAGAGGUGGCCAGUGUCUCCACGGCGAACGAUUCCACGCCGCUCUUCGCGGACAUCGCCUCGAUCAACAUGUCGCAGAUGUCGGAGGUCGCCAGUGCCGUCGAUGUACCCGCGCAGCCGGUUGCCGAUGCCCCCACGGUUGACGCCGUGGCAGAUGUUCCCGUGGAGCCGGUGGCUGAUGUUCCCACGGAGCAUGAGACCGCGGAGUAG